UAACUGCAUGAGCAAAAAUAUCACUUGGCAUUGAGCACCGCUCUGAACAAGACGUUGUCUAGAAAUGGAAAGUUUGUUGAAACAUCUGAUCCGGGGAAAUGCUGUGCUCUUCAUUAUUGUGCUGGGAAUGGGAGGAACAUUCCAGAAUGGAUUCCAUAUCACUGUCCUCAGCUCACCUUCACCGUUUGUGAAGCGCUUCAUUAACAGUAGCUGGACAGAGCGUUAUGGACCCCCAGGGCCAGACACAGUCACAUUUAUCUGGUCUGCUGUGGUGGCACUCUAUGCCUUAGGUGGAUUCUUUGGGUCAGUGGGAGUCCGAGUAAUCACUGGAAAGCUGGGAAGGAAGAAAACUAUGAUCUAUACUAAUGUGGUCAGUGUUGUGGCUUCAGCCAUGAUGCUAACAAGCAAAUACGCAAACUCAUUUGAAAUGAUCCUCAUUUCACGGUUAAUGUUUGGGUUUACAUCAGGUUUACUUGGUAGUGUCCAUGUCAUUUACCUUGGGGAGAGUUCCCCAAAGAGACUAAGAGGAAUGGUCACACUUACAUCAGCAACCUUCACGUCCAUUGGUAAACUGGCAGGACAGUUUGCAGGCUUAAGGGAGGUUCUAGGCCGUGAGGAGUGGUGGAACAUCCUGCUCAGUGUCCCGACAGCGUUCACCCUGAUCCUGCUGUUUGUUCUUCCGUUCUUUCCUGAGGCACCGCGGUAUUUACUCAUAGAGAAAAACAACGCAGAGAAAUGCAAGAAAGCCCUGCAGUGUUUGUGGGGUCCUGGGGACUAUGAGAAGGAGAUGGAGGAGAUGAAGGCAGAGCAGGCGGCCAUCGGGGGCAAACGCUCCAAGAGCCUGCUGGAGCUGCUCCGAGAUAAGAACGUCCGUUGGCAGCUCAUCACCAUGCUGGUGGUCCACAGCUGCAUCCAGUUCUGUGGCAUCUCGGCCAUCAGCGCCUUCUCCUACACCAUCUUCCAGGAAGCUGGCAUUUCAGAGGACAAAAUCCGCUACGUGACUCUGGGCAUUGGAAUGUCCGAGGUCUUCACCUCCAUCUCAUGCGGGCUCCUCAUCGAGAGCGUGGGCAGACGGGUGUUGCUAUGGAGAGGAUUCGCUGCCAUGUCUGUGAUCAUGGCGUCAAUCACGAUCACGCUUCUGCUGCAGGACUUUGCCUCCUGGAUAUCUUUCUGCACCGUCGCCUUGUUUUUCCUCUUUAUUAUCUUCUAUUGUGGAGGACCUGCUGGAGUUCUGCCCUCCCUUACUCAUGAGAUCUUUAUCCAGUCGUGUCGGCCUGCAGCCUUCGUGUUUAUGGGGACGCUGCGCUGGCUGGGGUUCACCGUGCUCAGCUUCAUCUUCCCCUUCCUCAUAGCCCAGCUGAAAUCCUUCAGCUUUUUGCUGUUCUCUGGAGCAUGUUUGGGUGGUGCUUUGUUUGGGUUUUUCCUCCUGCCCGAGACCAAGGGCAAGACCCUACUGGAAAUAUCCGAGGAGUUCAAGAGGAUCAAAGUGUGUGGGUCUCCGAAGAAAGAGGAUGUGUGUUUGGCGACAAAGUUUUAGUGCACUUGUGUAGAGACCUCUUGUAUCAAUCGCUAAGAUGACUGACUGUAGUCCUGCUCUUUAGCUGCAUGUCUCUGCUGCACUUUAUUCAUUCACAAUAAGAUUGGUCAUCGCAUAUGUCAUUGUGAGAACAAAGAAGGUUUUAUCACUUUGAACCAUUCAUGGCACUGAAGGUGACUUUACACCAAGCUCCAUCCAACUGUGACCCAUCCAACUGUUACAACCUCUGGACUGUCAUUGUAUUAAAAUAUGUGUGUCUGUAAACUGACUGUUUAACACCCUGUAAAGCGCCAUGAGACAUGUGCAAU